AUGUGCAACGCACCUUGUGUCCACAUGUUGAAGAACGGCUCGUGUCACUUGGGUUUUGCAUGCGGCUUCUGCCACUUUGUGCACGGUAGAAAGAAGAAGCUGGACAAGAGUCAACGCAGCAUAUUGCAGGAGGCAGACACAGGACAACGGUUGGCCAUCAUUUUGCCUCAUAUCAUCCAGAAGAUGGCGCAGCUUGCAGAUCCCGAGGUGGGCAAGUUGGCGCACAUGCUUCGGCAGCAGCUGCAGUUGGUCACCGAGUCCAGCAGAGAAAAUAAUGACAACUUCCACAAGAAGUUGCGGCAGGUUCAGAUUCACCGCAGCUUGGAGCGGAUGAAUUGCAGUGCCUUGUUCGAUCUUGCCAUGCCAGCUUUGCCUGAAAACAUCCUUCAGACCUUCGCAGCUGUGCAAAGCCAGAUGUUUCCUUUCCUGAGUCCGGGGGAGCAGAUGGUCUUGCCAGAAGGAAGUGUGCUGAAAUUUUGGCUAUGA